UGGAGCGGCGCGGGCGGUGGGGCUCCGCGGGGCCGGGGUCCCCGGCUGCUCCCGCCGCCCCCCGCCCCCACGCGUCAUGCCAUCCCCUGCGCUACUCUGCGCGCUCUGCUGCAGCCUCUUUGCGGCGGCUGCCCGCGCCGGCUACUCGGAGGACCGCUGCAGGUGGAGGGGCAGCGGCCUGACCCAGGAGCCCAGCAGCGUGGGGCAGCUGGCCCUGGCCUGUGCGGAGGGCGCAAUCGAGUGGCUGUACCCGGCAGGGGCGCUGCGCCUGACCCUGGGCGGCUCCGACUGGGGCGCGCGGCCCCGCAUAGCCUGCCUGCGCCCGGCGCGGCCCUUCGCGGGCGCUCAGGUCUUCGCGGAGCGGGCAGGCGGCGUCCUGGAGCUGCUGCUGGCCGAAGGCCCAGGCCUGGCCGGGGGCCGGUGCGUGCGCUGGGGUCCCCACGAGCGCCAGGCCCUCUUCCUGCAGGCCACCCCACACCCCAACAUCAGCCGCCGCGUGGUCUCCUUCCGCUUCGAACUGCUCGAGGACCGGCGUCCAGAGCUGCCUCCGCAGGCCCACGGCCUUGGCGCGGAUGGUGCCUGCAGGCCCUGCAGCCAUGCUGAGCUCCUCCUGGCCGCGUGCAACAGUGACUUUGUGAUCCACGGAACCAUCCACGGGGUUGCCCACGAUACAGAGCUGCAGGAGUCCGUUAUCACCGUGGUGGCUGCCCGUGUCCUCCGCCAGACGCUGCCACUGUUCCAGGUGGGGGGCUCUGGGGCCCAGGUGCAGGCCUCAAUUCGCACCCUGCUGCGCUGCGGCAUCCGCCCUGGCCCUGGCACUUUCCUCUUCAUGGGCUGGAGCCGCUUCGGUGAGGCCUGGCUGGGCUGCGCACCCCGCUUCCAGGAGUUCAGCCGUGCCUAUUCAGCGGCCCACGCCGACCACCUGCACCCCUGUGAGGUGGCGCUAGACUGAGGGACCUGGGAGCAGGGCGCUGGGGAGGGGCUGGUAGGAGGGUGGGUGGGGAGGUGUCAAGGUACCAGCAACUUCUGAGGAAAUAGCGAUAACCAAUAAGAACACGGCUAUGUUACCCAGCACGGCUCCAGUGUCCGGUGCCUGUGCCCAGCCCGGGCUGCUUCGUCUCCCUUCAUCCC